AUGGUCGAAUCAACCUCCAAAACCUCGAGCCGUAGCUCUUCUGUGACCGCAACCCCUGGCCCAUCCAACUCGUCGGUUCAGCACCACGCAUUGUCAGCUUCUUCACUUCGAUCUGCGCUCAAGAAGCCAUUCCAGGGCUGGAGCAAGGAGCUUCUUCGAGCACGAGACAACGACGAUGACGACUACAAUUUUUCGAGUGGUAUGCGUCGUGGCGCGCAAUACUACAACGACGAAGCCUAA